GCAGGCGCACAAGGGGUUAAGGCCAUAGAGUCACCAGAGGAAGAAUUUAGCCUGGUUUGUGGUGGGCUGGGAGGACCAGGUUGGUCCCUUCCUGGAAGCCAAAGCAAGAGGUUUUCUUUCUUGGAGGGGCUGCAGAGCAUUGCAAGUUGAUUUGGGAGCCCCCGGUGCCGCAGAGUGUUAAAGCGCUGAGCUGCUGAACUUGCAGACCAAAAGGUCCCAGGUUCAAAUCCGGGGAGCGGAAUGAGCUGUUAACUCCAGCUCCUGCCAAUCUAGCAGUUCGAAAACAUGCAAAUGUGAGUAGAUCAAUAGGUACUGCUCCAGCGGGAAGUCUUCUUUCUUUUGUGGGGAGAAACCUUACUUGGCAGUCCAUAUGACUUGUCGGCACAAGGAGCCGACUGUCAAACAUCUCCCUGUCAGUGCGACAGCUAGUGCUUGGCUAUGCCUGGACAAGGGGUGCAUUGGACUAAGACAACCUUGGAGUCAUUCUGGAUUAGGAUACAUUGGAGUUAGCCAGGACAUAUAUAUGACUGGACAAACAAUGCAUUGGAAUAGGCCAGCACUGGAUUAAGCUUGAACGAGAAUGCAUUGGAGAUACAGUAGAGUCUCACUUAUCCAACAUUCGCUUAUCCAACGUUCUGGAUUAUCCAAUGCAAUCUGCCUCUCACCUGGAUCCACAGCUGUUUCUCUAGGCAGCAAGGACUGAACUGUUUACGCAUUUAAUUUCUGGCAAUGUUGUUACUGUAAGUUCAUUUUAUGCAAUUCUAUCUUUAUUUGCAGUCAAUUUGUUAGUAGCCAGUGUUUUUGUAGUCAAUUUUUGCAAUACAUUGUGAUGUUUUGGGGCUAAAUUCAUAAAUACAGUAAUUACUACAUAACGUCACCGUGUACUGAACUGCGUUUUCUGACGAUUUAUUUGUACUUAAUUUGUAAAAUUAUAUCGUAAUUUGAUGUUUAAUAGGCUUUUCCUUAAUCCCUCCUUAUUUUCCAACACUUUCACUCAUCCAAAGUUCUGCCGGCCCGUUUAUGUUGGAUAAGUGAGACUCUACUGUAGCUACUAGGAUUAGAUUGAGCCUCCCAUAAACCUGCAUUAGGAUAGGCCUGCAAUGAAGUGGACCUUGAUCAAGCUUCCACUGAAGUAGACUCCAAGUCUUCCUUUCAUUGGCUUUGGCUGAACCAGAGAAGAAUCGGACAGACUGAUAACAUUCGUGGGAAGGGGAGAUUAUGGCCACUGGGCAAAAAAUAUCAGCCCCUGAAGAUCUUCCGUUACAGUCAUUGCAGGAGGAUGGAGGUCCAACUCAAGCAGAAGCAAUAGCUUCAGAUUUGACAAGUUCCAACACAACAGAAAGACUGGAAGGGCCUCACAAGUCCCACUGCGCCAACAAACAGAAAGGGAUGGAGAAUCUGCUGAAUUGCAAAUCUGCUGUGAAAUUGCCAUCCCAAAAUUCUCUGCUGAGGAUGCCGUCUCCAUGGGAUGACAUAAAGACGUUCCUGCCUUCAUCGGAAAUAGAUUUCUCUCCUGACCCUCUUGUGCAAGGUCCCAGCAAGAGAUCCCAGACUGUCUACACCUGCUUGAAGCACCAAGGAGAUGACACAGCUGUACAAGAGGAGCCCUUGGGAACGGAUGCCACCACCAUGGAAAGGCAGCGGCUGAACUUCCGGCAGUUCUGCUACCUGGAGGCCGAGGGGCCCCGCAAGGUGUGCAGCCAGCUCUGGUACCUUUGCCACCGGUGGCUGAAGCCUGAGAGGCACGCCAAGGAAGAGAUCCUGGAGCUGUUGAUCCUGGAGCAGUUCCUGGCCAUCCUCCCUCCAGAGAUGCUAAGCUGGGUCAAGGAAAACGAUCCCGAGAGUUGUGCCGAGGCUGUGGCUUUGGCUGAGGACUUCCUGCAGAGGCAACAGGAGGAUGGGCAGUGGAACGAACAGGUGGUUUACCCAGAAAUGCCAGUGAAUUCCUGUGAAGCUGAUGGACUUCCCUCAGAGGCUGCGGAGAUGGACUCCGAUGUGGAGGUCAAGGAGGAGAACAUGGGGCCUGCCAUCUGUAUUGGUGAUGGGCAGUCGAGUGAGACUGAGGAGCCAGACCUGAUCUGUAUGAAGCCAGUGGAUGUGGAUGACAAAGAAAAAGGAGCCUACCCUCUGUCUGAAGUGGAGGAAGAUGUAUAUUUGAACCAGCCUGGGUCAGAGGAGUGGCUGGAAAAAGACGCGGAGGAAACUUUUCUGCGCAGCGAAGCCUCAAACUUCCUCAGCGAACCCACAAAGAAAGUUUCCAAGGACAAGCAGGAGGCGACGUGUCGGACGUGCGGGAAGACCUUCAGCCGGCGGACAGGCCUGCUGGCCCACGAGAGGGUCCACACCGGGGAGAAGCCCUACAAGUGCCCUCACUGCGGGCGCAGCUUCCGCUCCAAGUCGACCCUGGUUGUCCACCAGCGGACCCACACGGGGGAGAGGCCCUACCGGUGCAAGGAGUGCGGGAAGGGCUUCCCGGUGACCACGCAGCUCAUCGAGCACGAGCGGACCCACUCCGGGGAGAAGCCCUACAAGUGUGGGGACUGCGGGCAGACCUUCCGCCAGAGGUCCCACCUCAAGAACCACCAGAAGAUCCACACGGGCGUCAAGCCCUUCAAGUGCUCCUACUGCGGGAAGAGUUUCAGCAUCAGCUCGGACCUCAUCCGGCACGAGCGGGCCCACACGGGGGAGAAGCCCUUCCAGUGCCCCGAGUGCGGAAAGCGCUUCUGCAACAGCUCCCAAGUCAUCACGCACCGGCGAGUCCACACGGGCGAGAAGCCUUACAAGUGCCUGGAGUGUGGGAAAGGGUUCACGGUGAGCCAGCAGCUCAUCCGGCACCAAGCGGUCCACACGGGCGACAAGCCCUACCAGUGCUUGGAGUGCGGGAAGACCUUUGGCGGGAGCGCCCUCCUGGCGGAGCAUCUGAGGAUCCACACCGGGGAGAAGCCCCACGGGUGCCCCGAGUGCGGGAAGGCCUUCCGGCUGCGCUCCAUGCUGAUCACGCAUUUGAAAGUUCACACGGGGAAUAAAAUAGAAAGGACCGGACUCUGAAGAAAGCUGGGUGAGGGGGAUGGCGCUCGGGUGGUUUAGGGGGACAAGGAGGGCUGAUUUAUAACACGGUUGGUCCUCCACAUUUGCAGACUUGAUUGCUGUAUAUACCAGGCAUGGGCAAACUUCACCCCUCCCUCCAACACAACUCUGUGGUCAGUUUCCAAGACAAAACCAAUCUUAGCAAAACUCAGGGUUUGGGAAAGUUACUUUGGCAGUGUUGGCUAGAGGAUUUUGAAUGCCAUUUGUAAAGAGACUAUGAAUGCCUAAGGCUCCUUCAGGCAGGGGGAAUCCUUUUUAAUCCCACCACUGCCACCAAUUUGUAAGGAUGCAACCACCAAAGACUCAGGGAGGAGACCUUUAACUUUUUUUUUCUUUCUUUUGCUUAUUCGCUUUAGAUGGUAGCAUAACUUGGUUUAUAAUAUAUGUGACAGAGGCUUAGAUGUUGGAAGAACAAUAACAAGUUUAUUCAGGCACAGAGCUUAGUGGUUACAAUGUUGUUUCUCCUUGGAGGUAUUUUUAUUAACAGUUACAAUACUAGAAUGAGAUGAGUCAAACUCCCUAAAGUGUCACUUCUUUUACUUAAAGUAGUUAGAACUUCUUUCUCUGCUACUUUUUAAACCGCAGUCACCCCUGUGAUAUACGAUCACAGAUUCUCUGUUCCUUACCAGGACACAGACUACAUUAAAUAAGUCACCAAACUUAUUUUAAACCGACUCAAAAUGAACAAUUGAGUCUCCCUGAUCCCCUCAACCUAGGAUCAAUCUUCCCUGUGCCUCAUCAGAGCACAGACUGACUCUUUUUUUAAAACUCUGCACUUCUUCAACAAAACGGCAGUUGGCUCCGCCUACUUCUCCAUGGCAACCAGCCUCUGACUGCUGAGAUGCAAUAACUGUAAUACUUACCCUUUUAAAACACAAACACACAAUUAAACAUGACAUCUGUAAACCAAAAAUUCGUACUUCAUUAUACCAUUCAAAUAAUAAUACCGUCAGCCCUUCACAUUUGUUUAGGUUAGAACAGGCCUGUGCAAACUUGGGCCCUCCAUAUUGGAAAUAACUGCACCCAGUCUCUGGGCACAUAUCCCUUUGGAAAUAAAUGGCAGUCAUAACCGUAUUGAAAAGGAAAAACAAUGUAAUAUCCGUUUGGCAAAUGUGAAUCACCAUGAACAUGUGGAGACCACCUUUUGAAAAUGACUAGUCAAGAAAAGCAUGACCUUGUUAGACGUUGACCCUUUGAACAAGUGAUAGCCAUAAGAAUUAAUGUAAUGGCACACAGGUAACUCCGCUGUUAGUCUGAAGAACCAUGUCUUUGAACAGGCAAGGACAAAGACAUGCCACUACAAAAAUAUAUUUGGUUAGCAGAUGAUGGUUGUUUCUUUGAAGUUGAAAUUACAAUUGCUGUUGUCCAAAAGAUACAUACUCCCUUGAAAAAGUCUUAGUUUAAAAUAUGUGCUCAGAGAUAAAAAAAAAACCAAAAAAAAAACCAAAGUCUUCUUUGAAAAAUAACAUACCUUGUUUAUUCACAAACAUCUUGUAUUAAUUCACCAUACAGGCACAUUUCUCAUUAAAGUUCAGUUAUAGAUAGGAUGUUGUUCUCUCUGUGUUAAGUACACAGAGUAUCAUUCUUAAUCAAUAGUCCAUGGUCUUUAGGUAUAGUUGUACUCACUGAAGUCCAUAAGUCAUACUUCUCUACUGAAGUCCAAACAGCAACAGGCAUUCAUCUCCACUGAGGAGUAAAGCAGACAGAAUACAAAAUAGAGUCCUGAGUCUGAACAUGCUCAGUACAACCACAUGUCUAUAACUCCUCCCACACCAAAGAGGUACAGUCAAACUGGCAAAUCAACAUACACAUAGAAUAUAGGUUAGAAAAUAUAUACAUAAACAAAUGAAUAGUGAAAGGCUUGGGAAAGGUUGCUAUUUCCAACACUCCCAAGUGUUCCUAACAGCCGAUAGACUGUGAAGUCCAAAACACCUGGAGGGCCCAAGUUUGCCCAAGGCUGGUAUAGAUCUUCCAACACAACUCUGUGGUCAAUUUCCACUGGGAGUUGCUCAUAGGCUUGUGGUGGAGGUUUUCUCUCUAGGAAAUCUCUUAAAUCAUCCAGCAUGACCAGAGACAGUUGAUCGCAGAGUUACAACGGAGGACCUAGAGAUUCUUCUAAUAUUUCCAAUCAAAUCUGCAAAAGUCAAAUCCACAAAUGUUGAAUUGUGAUGAAAGUCAAAGCAAAAGAAACUGCAGAUAACGCCAGACCAAUUUUGAGUAGGAAACCCUUUUCUAUAAUACAGUAUCACUUAUCCAACACUCGCUUAUCCAACGUUCUGAAUUAUCCAACAUAUUUUUGUAGUCAAUGUUUUCAAUACAUCGUGAUAUUUUGGUGCUAAAUUCAUAAAUACAGUAAUUACUACAUAGAAUUACUGCAUUUUGAACUACUUUUUCUGUCAAAUUUGUUGUAUGACAUGAUGUUUUGGUGCUUAAUUUGUAAAAUCAUAACCUAAUCUGAUGUUUAAUAGGCUUUUCCUUAAUCCCUCCUUAUUAUCCAACAUAUUCACUUAUCCAACGUUCUGCCGGCCCGUUUAUGUUGGAUAAGUGAGACUCUACUGUACUUUGAAAUGCCCAAUACACUCCCCUUAUGAUAUCUUGUAUUCCUUAAUAAUGCAAGGUUAUUUACCUUUGUAUUCGUAGACAGGCAGACUGAAUGAAGAGUCUUGCUUUCAAACCAUUGUUUCCCAUGGUAAAGGUAAAUUCUGAUUAAAGAGUUUCUGACUUCUUGCUGGAACAUAUCUAGAGGAGGGUGACUGAAAUUAUCAAAGACUUGGAAAGCAUGAAUUCUUCAGAAGAGCGGCUUAAAGAACAGGGUCUGUUUAGAUUGGAAAAAAGAAGGCUGAGAGAAGACACGAGAGCCAUGUAUAAAUAUGUGAAUGGCUGUCCUAAGAAAGAGGGAGUUGGCUUGUUUUCUGGAGACUAGGACUCAAUGGAGCAAUGGGUUCAAAUGACAGGAAAGAAGAUUCCACUUGAACAUUAGGAAUAACUUCCUGACCGUAAGAAGAGAUGUUCAGCAGUGGAACUCUCUGCCUCAGAGUGUGGAGGAAGCUCCUUCUUUGGAGGCUUUCGAAGGGCUGAUGGAACAUACCAAUCUCUAUCUUGAUACUUUCCUGAAAUGGAUUUUGGUCCUCAAGAGCAAAGGCUGAAUAGAUUGGAAAUGGCAAACGAGCCCCAUGAGUGACUGCUCACUCGGUCACCCAGCUAAAUAAAUAAGUUUUGUGCA